UUGGGGCCAGGGGUAGUAUCCGACGAAUGAACGUCUCCAUUCCGUUGCGCGAUCGACCGAUUCCCCGAACCAUUCAGGGUCCCAAACACCGGACUUACCAAGCAGUACGGUGUGCAAUAUAAAGUGAGUUGCGCCAGCAUGAGAGAGCAGCAUCCACAGCAAUACUCGACUUGCUUCGUUCGCCUCGAUCCUACUCGCCAUGUUUUCCGCUCCUCGUCAGUUCGUUCUCCCCGACCUACUCGCAGUAACCCCGUUCAAGGGCUCUACCAAUUCCCACUACUCGAAGGCAGCCAAAGAGUCUAAUGCAUGGGUCAACAGUUACAACGUGUUCUCCGACAGGAAACGCGCGUUCUUCAUACAGGGAAGCAACGAGCUGCUCGUAUCUCAUACCUACCCGUACGCGGGCUAUGAGCAGUUCAGGACCUGCUGCGACUUUGUCAACCUGCUUUUUGUCGUCGACGAAGUCAGCGAUGAGCAGAACGGUCAAGGCGCCCGGGAGACUGGCAGCGUCUUCCUUAGCAUGAUGUGCGACCCAACAACUUGCGAUGACAAUUCUGCCUUGGCGAAAAUGACUAAAGAGUUCAGGCAACGUCUGCUCCAGCACGCGGGCCCGGGUUGUUUCGCUCGGUUCUUGAAGCAUUGCGAGGACUACGUCGACGCCAUCGCCAAAGAGGCAGAGCUCCGGGAGCGCGAUCUCGUCCUCGAUAUGGCGUCCUUCGAAACUCUCCGCCGCGAAAAUAGUGCCAUCCGUCUUUGUUUCGGACUGUUCGAGUUCUGCUUCGGUGUUGACCUUCCGAAUGAGGUCUUCGAGGAUUCCACUUUCAUGCGGCUGUAUUGGGAUGCCGCCGAUAUGGUCUGUUGGUCUAACGACGUGUACUCGUACAACAUGGAACAGGCUAGGGGAAUCGAUGGCAACAAUAUCGUCACAGUCCUCAUGCGCCAAAAGGGAAUAAAUCUCCAGACCGCUGCGGAUCUCGUGGGCGAGCACUUUAAGGAGCUCAUGGAAGAUUUCAUUGCGACCCGAGACAGUCUGCCGAGCUGGGGAGCUCCGGUCGACGCUGUUGUUUCCAAUUACGUGAGAGCGAUGGAGCAUUGGGUGAUAGGAAAUCUGGAGUGGAGCUUUGAGACGCAACGCUAUUUCGGUGCCCGCCACACGGAGAUUAAGAAGACCCGCGUCGUCAGGCUCAGUCCUCGCGAGGAGGGGGAUGACUGAGAAGCGAGUUUCCAGAGUCCGAGCGUAUAGAUUAUCCACGGGCAGUGGAAGAGACAGAAUUUCGUCUGGAUCACGUUGUAAUUAUGAACGCCCUCUUGUAUAUUGUCGAACAGAUAGAUGUUCCUAUUUAUUCUGUAUUGCCAUC